AUGCUGUCUCAAAUAGAACAUGUCAUGGAAAUCGUGAAGUUUACAUUUCUCAAAUUUGCUGGACUUAAAGGCAUGGAAAAGAAGUUCCCUGAAUUUUUGGAAAAUCAAAAAGACUCCUUGGCUGUAGAUAAAACAAUGAAGGACCUAGACAUACCAGUGCAAAAUGGGAAAAAAGGAUUCCAAAGCUUCUUCUCCCUAAUUGCAGGCCUCACCAUUGCAUGCAAUGACUAUUUUGUAGUACAUACAGAGCAGAAGAGAAAGAAGUAG